AUGGCCGCGGCAACAGCGCCGACUGUGGCAGCGCCAACAGCACCCGCAGCUGCACCAGCAGCACCAACACCACAGCUGACCGCUUACCAUGAAUUUUUCGGCAACACCACUUUGGACCCCCAUCAACAAGACUACCAAGCACUCAUGCAAGCCUACAGAGUUUACGACACUCCUACACCUGCUCAAUCAUUGUACAACAGCGCCGGACUGUCUACCUCCGCUUAUCCCAUGGCCUACCUGUCGCUCAUCAAUGACAAUGGGAAUUUGUUCUACCUAUUGGUCCAUGCACCAGCCUUCUACAAGUCACUGCCUGGGGUCCCAAGCCGCUGCGAUGGAAAGGCCUACGCGUUCACCGGCGAUGUGGUUGCCAACACCAUCACCACUGUAGAAUUUCCACAGGACGCCUUUAUGUCGCCAGGAACUGGAACAGAGGAAAACGUCCCGAAGGAUCUGGAGCGAGCUCUGGACAUUCUCCAUCUCAAUCCGGACGACUCCUCCAUUGGACCUUUCCAGGACACGGAUGCCAACAUCAAGCAAGCGAAGACCCGUCACUACAUCCCUUUGCCGCACCGCUAUGUGCAUCUGGUUCUGGGACGCCAAGUUCCAGUUUGGAAGGGUUUCAUCAACUUGGCAGCAGCCAUCAAAAACACUGGAGACGAAAUUGAGUGCCCCGAGCUCACCGAUUGGCUACUACUGUCACUGGUUAGAGCAGGAGCGGGCGCUCCACCAACUCUUGCAACAACAUUGCCUGAUAGACCUUUUGAUGAUGCAGCGCUCAAGGUGCAACGCCGAGAGCUGUUGGAACAGCAUCUUCCAGGGCUGAAGGAAGCUUCACUUCCGUCCAUGCUAGGAAUUCAGCAGAGCCAGGCGCAAUCAGUCAACGAACUGGUCCGAACCCAAAAGGACGCCCAGACCGAAGCGACAACACGAGAAGCCAAGGCCAAGGCCCCCAGGAGUGUGGACAAAUUCUUUGGUCCCAUGCUCCACAAGCUCCUCAGCGUUCUCCACGUCCAAGACACUAGCCAGUGCCCACCUGUCUGGUCCGAAUGGGCUUCUCAGCCCAAGAAAGCCGACCUUGACGUUUUGGAAAGCGCCCUCAGGUCCCAAGCGAGCAGCGAAGCGACAGGGGGAUUCGGAAUUGUACCCAUUGUCACUCCGGACUUGGUGAAGAAAGUGAAGGCGGUGAAACUUGGUGGCAACGACACUGACGACCUUGAAGAAGGAAUUCACCCUUUCUCUAUUGUCCUGCCGUCCUAUGGAGGCUCCGAUGUUGGAGUGACCAAGGCGGCCCGAGAAAGGGCAGCAGCUUUCGCGGAAGUCCACGGGGGAUCAGGGUUCUCUCUACAAGACGCCAUAGCCUUGAGAAAGCCUACUGUCCACAUUCCGGACACCUUCUCCAAGGCACGAAGUCAUCUCAUGGGCCUACUAACCUUGUGGCAAGUCCUGCUGCCAUUCAGCCAUCCAUUCCUACGAGCGUACGGAAUGUUCCUACAGCAAUACAUGCAAGAUGAAGCCAACUUCACUGCCCUACUCGACAAGUUGCCACGACCAGAGCCAAAGCCGGCUCUUUUCUUGAGGGCAGUACAAGUCCGCAUGGUUAACUACUGGCAGUCAGUGGAGAGCUCUAUGUCCUACCAGCCGGAUCCACCCAACUUUGUCGACAUCCUGGUACAGAUCCGACAGCGCUCCGACAGCUGGAUUGCUGCGCUUCCUGCCAACUACUGGAGCGAACCAGCGGCCCAAUAUAAAAUUCAGUUUCAAAAAUCAAAAAACAAAAAUCACGCAUUUUGCAAAAACAAAAAGUCAUCUUCUCUAGUACUUUAUCUACGCAAUGACCAUGAGAUGGCUCUGAACUUGACAAAGGCUGCAACUGAUCAAGGUCAGGGAGGCCUGGAGGAAAAAACCCGUUCAAAUUCGACCACCCAACUGACGGUUGACUUGGUAAAGGAUGAUCCAAGCGAUGACCCCAUGGAACUGUUUCAAACCGUUUGGCAUGCUUUGAUACCUCCCAAGAGCGGACACAAGCAACCCCCUCCUUCCAAAAUCGCCGAGGAUGGCGCACUGAAAGGACAGCCGCUUGUUGCCUCUCCCAAGAAACUCAAUCCAAGCAAUGACCCCAUGGAAUUUGUUGAAAUUGUUUGGCAUGCUUUGACAACGGCGUUUCCACCAACCAUUGAUCAUUCUUUGGACAGAUUCUCAAUUGGAUGGUCCACAAAACAAGGUCGGAACCAGAACAAAAUUUUCAACUAUUUACACACAACCACAAUCCUAUUUUAUGAUGUCUGCGCUGCAUAUCAGAAGUGGCCAACAACCAUGGGCUCGAAUGAAGCAAAAUCACAAGAGAUGGCUUUGAAAUCGACAAGGACUGCACCUGAGCACGCUCAGGAAGGUCUGGUGGCAACAACCCGCUCGAAUUUGACCACCCUAUUGACAGUUGACCUGGUGAAGGACAACCCCAAUGCUUGCAUUUCCUCCAUGUUGUACAGUUUAUUUGUCUUGUUUCUUUCUCUGGAAAAGAUACAGCAGACCGAUUUUCUUGGUCUACCUUUCCAAAUCCCCACCAACAGAGUGGGAGCGCCAAUCUGCCCAUUGACAGAUGACUUGAGAGAAUUGCAUCCAAUUCUUUCCUUGGAAAAGGUACCCACAAAAUUCCUCUGUAUCCCAGGAGAUAUUCUUGCAUCUUGUUUGUACUUCCCCACCAACAGUGGGAGCGCCAAUCUGUCCCCUGACAUGAUUGACUAG